AUUUUAUUAAUUAUUAUUUUCUAUUGGUUGACGACGACGACGAAGAAGACAAACAGCAAAAACAUAAAUAAGAAAACGAAGACUCCAAAAUCCCAAGUCAAGCUAAUUUUUCCUUAGAGAAGAAGAGAGAAGGAAGAUUCGCAUUCACGUUCAAUGGAGAAAUUGGAAUCGGAGAUGGAGUCUAUGAGGCUGCAAUCGAGUGACGACGAGCACGACCAAGUGGAGGAUUUUUGCAGGGACAACGGCUCUCCGUUUCGAGAGAAGGUGGACACCGCCGAGGAUUGGAGAGAGACUAUCAACAAGGUGGUUCCCGCCGUGGUGGUGCUGCGUAUUACUGCCUGUCGCUCCUUCGACACCGAACUUUCCUCCUUUGGCUCCGCCACGGGGUUCGUCGUCGAUAAGCAACGUGGCAUCAUCCUCACCAAUCGCCACGUCGUUAAGCCUGGCCCAGUAGUUGCACAGGCUAUAUUUGUGAACCACGAAGAAAUUCCUGUGUAUCCUAUAUACCGGGAUCCAGUCCAUGAUUUUGGCUUCUUUCGUUAUGAUCCUGGUGCAAUACAAUUUCUAAACUAUGAGGAGAUUCCUCUUGUCCCUGAGGCUGCUUGUGUUGGACUGGAAAUCAGAGUUGUUGGCAACGAUAGUAACGAGAAGGUAUCCAUUUUGGCUGGCACUCUUGCUCGUUUGGAUCGAAAUGCUCCUACAUAUAAAAAAGAUGGUUAUAAUGACUUCAACACAUUCUACAUUCAAGCAGCAUCUGGAACUAGAGGUGGUUCUAGUGGUUCACCAGUGAUUGAUCGGCAAGGCAAGGCAGUGGCUUUGAAUGCUGGGGGCAAGAACAACAGGUCAUCAAGUUCUUCAGCCUUCUUUUUACCUUUAGAGCGUGUUGUUAGGACAUUGAAACUUAUCCAGAAGGGUAAAGAUUCUAAUAUAAGCAAAUGGGAGACAAUUUUUGUACCGCGUGGUACACUUCAGGUGACAUUUUGCUAUAAAGGAUUUGAUGAGGUACGUCGACUUGGUCUUCAACUUGAAACAGAGCAGAUGGUACGGCAAGCUUCUCUAACAGGUGAAACCGGAAUGCUUGUUGUUCACUCUGUGGUCCCAGGUGGUCCAUCUCAUACGCAAUUGGAGCCAGGGGAUGUGCUAGUUCGUGUGAAUGGAGAAGUAACCACUCAAUUUUUGAUAUUGGAGACACUGCUUGAUGACAGCGUUGGCAAUGAGAUUGAAUUACAGAUUGAAAGGGGUAGCACUUCUUUGACAAUAAACAUAAUGGUUCAAGAUUUACACUCAAUUACUCCUAACCACUUCUUAGAAGUAGGUGGAGCAGUGAUACAUCCUUUGUCUUAUCAACAGGCUAGAAACUUCCGCUUCCAUUGUGGUCUUGUAUAUAUUUCAGACCCUGGAUAUAUGCUAUUUAAAGCAGGAGUUCCUCGACAUGCCAUCAUUACGAAGUUUGCUGAUGUAGAGAUAUCACAACUUGAAGAACUAAUCUCAGUUUUUUCUAAGUUGUCAAGGGGCGCUCGAGUGCCAUUAGAGUAUAUAUACUACAGGGACCGUCAUCGAACGAAGUCUGUCCUGGUCACAAUAGACCGCCAUGAAUGGUAUGAUAUUCCAAAGAUAUACACUCGCGAUGAUAGUUCUGGUUUAUGGAUAGCAAGGCCUGCUAUUCCACUUGAGUCCCUGCUGCUCGCAUCUUGUGUUGGUGAUCUUGGACAAGGUUUGAAAGAAGAGACAUCUGCAUUAAGCAGUGAAUAUACUGUUGUGGAAAACACGCCUCAAGUUAAUGACUUGGAGUUAAGUAACAGUAUUGCUAGCAUGGAAGCCAAUUAUGAUCAAGCUACUAAGGAAGUUUAUUCGACAGAUGAAUAUGAUGUUCCCAUAAAUACACAAGUACUAGGUGAUUUGUCUAGAAGAGGAAAUGGUGUGGCCGACAGUUCCUCACAUGAAAGUGGAGAAAUUAAGCUGGAGGAUCCAAUGAUCAUGGAAAGUGCAAAUUCAAGCCUCCAUGAAUACACAACAAAAGCUGCAACUAAUGGUUUAUUUCCAGAAUGUAUGAUAGAGCCUGCUCUUGUAAUGCUUGAGGUUAAUGUGCCUCCAUCAUGUUUGCUUGAUGGUGUCCAUUCACAACAUUUUUUCGGAACUGGUGUCAUUGUACACCAUUCUCAAGGAAUGGGAUUGGUUGCAGUUGACAAGAACACGGUUGCAAUAUCUGCAUCAGAUGUGAUGCUAUCCUUUGCUGCGUAUCCUAUUGAAGUUCCAGGGGAGGUGGUUUUUCUUCAUCCUGUUUACAAUUAUGCUCUUGUAGCAUAUAACCCCUCAGCUUUGGGAGCUGUAGGUGCUUCAAUGGUCCGUGCAGCUGAACUCCUUCCGAAGCCUGAACUAUGUCGUGGAGAUACAGUAUAUCUUGUGGGGCUAAGAAGUCUAAAAGCAGUCUCUAGGAAGUCAACUGUGACAAACCCUUGUCUUUCAUUACAUGUUAGCUCAGGUGAUCCUCCAUGUUAUAGAGCAACAAAUAUGGAAGUGAUUGAGCUUGAUUCUGAUUUUGGCAAUGCAUUUACGGGAGUUCUAGGUAAUGAGCAUGGAAAGGUUCAAGCUAUAUGGGCAAGCUUUUCAAGUUCAACUAAGGUUCUCACUGUUUGUUUUGUUCUCCUAGUUUUCUUUGUUAUGGUAUUAUGCAACUACUUAAACCUUCAUUUGCAGCCAAAAUCUGGUGGCAGUCCUCAAUUUGUUAAAGGUAUUCCAAUCCAUAUGGUCAGCCAAGUACUUGAAAAGAUCAUAUCUGGUGGAGACGGACCAUCUCUUCUCAUAAAUGGUGUCAAAAGGCCAAUGCCACUUGUUAGGAUUUUAGAGGUUGAACUUAUCCCUAGAUUGCUUUCAAAGGCUCGGAGUUUUGGUUUGAAUGAUGAUUGGAUCCAAGCUCUUGUCCGGAAGGAUCCAAUAAAGCGACAAGUUUUACGUGUUAAAGGUUGUUUGGCUGGAUCUAAGGCUGAGAACCUAUUAAAACAAGGUGACAUGGUGCUGGCAGUCAAUAAGGAGCCAGUUACUUGUUUCCAGGACAUAGAAAAUGCUUGCAAGGCAUUAGAGAAGCAUGGUGACAAUGAUGGGAAACUCAGCUUGACCAUUUUUCGACAGGGAUGUGAAGUUGAUCUUCUUGUAGGAACAGAUAUUAGAGAUGGGAAUGGCACAGCACGAAUGAUAAAUUGGUGUGGAUGUAUUUUGCAAUAUCCUCAUCCAGCAGUGCGUGCUCUUGGUUUUCUUCCUGAAGAAGGCCAUGGUGUGUAUGUUGCAAAGUGGUAUCGGGGGAGUCCUGCAGAUAGAUAUGGUUUAUGUGCUCUUUGUUGGAUAGUUGAAGUCAAUGGAAAACCAACUCCUGAUUUGGAUGCUUUUUUUAGCCUGACAAAGGAAUUAGGCAGCGAGGAAUUUGUUCGCAUAAGAACGAUUAAGUUGAAUGGAAAGCCACAAGUGCUAACAUUGAAGCAAGACUUGCACUACUGGCCUACAUGGGAAUUGAGAUUUGACCCAGACACUGCAAUUUGGCGUAGAAAGAUGAUCAAGGCACUGCAGUAGCGGGUAGCGGAGUGUGCUUGAUUUUAUAAUGUGUAAAUUUUCCUUGGAAACAACUCUAUAUGUUGCGUAAAGAAAUAGAAGAUUGUCCAAUUUGAACCUUGAAAAGAAACGGCAAGCACCCAUUUGGCUAUUGUAACAGGUUAUUGCCCAAAACAUUAUCAUCUACUGAGACAUUAUAAUUCAAAACAUCUAUAUUAAGUGUUUGUGAAAAAGAUAUAUAUGAGCCCUUGAAUUUUUAUUUUUA